AUGAAAGUGAAAAUAUUUAUGGUGUGUUUGGUGGCAUUCCAGAUUGUUGGUGGUGAGAAGGAGAUAAGGUGUUUAGAAAGGGAGAGGGAAGCACUCCUCCGAUUCAAAGCUUCCAUUGUUGAUCACCAUGGCAUGCUGUCUUCUUGGACCACUCCUGAUUGCUGCCAAUGGAAAGGGAUUCGCUGCAGCAACCUCACUGCUAAUAUCGUAAGCCUCGACCUUCAUGGUGAGUAUGAUUAUGAAACUGAAUCAUGGUCUUAUUAUAUCAGCGGAAAGAUCCACCAAUCAUUGAUUGAGUUGCAACAAUUAAAGUAUCUCAACCUCAGUGACAAUUCUUUUUCACAUAUCCCAGAGUUUCUUGGUUCUCUCAGGAACUUGAGAUACCUUGAUCUCUCAUGGUGUGGUUUUGACGGAAAAAUUCCAAGUCAGUUUGGGUCUCUUUCUCAUUUGAAAUACCUUAAUCUCGCUUCGAAUAAUCUUGAGGGUUCUAUCCCUACUCAACUCGGAAAUCUCUCCAAGUUGGAGUAUCUUGAUCUCGCAGACAAUUCUCUUGUCGGAAAUAUACCAUCCCAACUCGGAAACCUUUCUAAGUUGGAACAUCUUGAUCUCACAAGAAAUUUUUUUGAAGGAAAUAUUCCAUCCGAAUUUGGGAAUCUGUCAAACUUACAACAGCUUUAUCUUGGGGAUUAUUACAAUGGAGUACUCCAAAUCAACGAUGGGGGUAAGUUCCUAUCUAAUCUCAUUUCUUUAACCCAUCUUUACUUGUGGUCCGUCAAUGGUCUUAAUACUUCUCAUACUUUCCUGCAAAACAUUGUCAUGCUACCAAAACUAAGAGAGUUAGGCUUAAUUGAUUGUAGCCUUUCUGAUCAUUUUAUCCUUUCAUUGAGGCCUUUCGAAUUCAACUUUUCUACUUCCCUUUUGGCCUUUCAUCUUUCUGACAACACCUUCACGUCACCCGUGAUAUUCCAGUGGGUGGCAAAUAUCACUUGCAACCUUGUUGAGCUAGACCUUUCUUAUAACAACUUGGAAGGUUCUGUAUCCAAUCAUUUUGGCUUGGCAAUGAAUUCUCUUGAGCGCCUUGACCUUUCCUUUAAUAAUUUCAAGGGUGAGGUUUUGAAAUCCUUCGUGAAUAUAUGCACCUUACACUCUUUAUACAUGCGAGGAAACAAUUUAACAGAAGACCUUCCAUCAAUUCUUCAUAAUAUGUCUAGUGGUUGUAUUAAAUACUCGCUACAAGAUUUGGAUUUGGGAGACAAUUAUAUUACUGGAUCUUUAUCGAACUUUUCAACAUUUUCAACUUCGAAAUCAUUGCAUCUUUCAAAUAAUCGAUUAGUUGGAAUGUUAAAAGAAGGUAACAAAUUACCAUUUCGAUUGGAAUUUUUAUCACUCUCAUCAAAUCUUCUAGAAGGCGGAAUUCCAAAGUCAUUUGGCAGUGCAUGUGCUUUGCGCUCAUUGGACAUAACGGAUAAUAACCUGAGUGAUGAGCUUUCAACAAUAAUACAUCACUUGUCUGGAUGCGCUAAAUACACACUAGAACAUUUGAGCUUGCAAGGAAAUCAAAUCAAUGGUACGAUUCCUGACCUUUCAGCUUUUUCAGCUUUGAUGUCAUUGGAUCUUUCAAACAAUCACUUGAAUGGAAAGAUAAGAGAAGAUAGUAAUUUACCAUUUCACUUGGAAACUUUAUCAAUCUCAUCAAACUUUCUAGAAGGUGGAAUUCCCAGAUCAUUUGGAAAUGCAUGCGCUUUGCACUCAUUAAGAAUGGAGGAUAACAGAUUGAGUGUAGAGUUUUCAAUAAUAAUUCAUCAUUUAUCUGGAUGUGCUAGAUAUUCAUUAAAAGAAUUAUAUCUACACAUGAAUGAAAUCAAUGGCACACUAAUUGACCUCUCAAUAUUCACAUCUUUAAGAGUGUUAUCUAUUGGUGAAAACAAGCUAAGUGGAAAGAUUUUAAGAAAUAUUCAAUUUCCACCUCAAGUAGAAGAAUUAGACAUACAGUCAAAUUCCUUAAAUGGUGUGUUCACUGACUGCCAUUUUGUUAAUGUAACCAAGCUAUCUUACUUGGACUUAUCUAACAAUCCAUUAACCUUGACAUUUACCCAAAAUUGGGUCCCACCUUUUCAGUUGAGUUCGAUAAGGUUGAAAUCUUGCUUGUUAGGUACAUUUCCCAAAUGGUUGCGAAAGCAAAAUAAAUAUGAUGAACUUGACAUUUCAAAUUCUAAAAUAUUGGAUGUGGUUCCAAGGUGGUUUUGGGCUAAAUUAGCUUCUGGAAAUGUGGGUUCAAUAGAUAUUUCAAACAAUAGUCUUCAUGGUAUAAUUCCAAAUAUUGUUGGAAAGAACAUUGUUGAUUUCCUAAUUCUUUCAUCAAAUCAAUUUGAAGGUCCUAUUCCACUAUUUCUACGAGGUUCCAUAUUUCUUGAUUUAUCUAAUAAUAAUUUAUCAGAUUCGCAUUCAUUUUUAUGUGCUAGUGGUCCUGAAAAAAUACUAUAUCAGUUAGACCUUUCACAUAAUCAUCUUUCUGGACAAAUUCCAGAUUGUUGGAGCCAUUUUAAGUCAUUAGCUUAUUUAGAUUUGAGCCACAACAAAUUUUCAGGAAACAUUCCUACUUCAUUAGGAUUGCUUCUUGGUCUUCAAGCAAAUCCCUGCUUGGAUCGGGAGCGAAAUGCAAGAGUUGCAAAUCUUAAGUUUGGGAAGUAA